AUGGGCGCUGAUGAUUCCGAAUUAGACGCAUUCUACGAUCAGCUGGAGGAAGUCAUCCGCACCGAGAAGUCCUUCUAUAAAUUCAUUGUCGGAGACUUCAAUGCGAGGAUCGGUAAGGUGGAAGAAAAAGAAGACAGGAUUGGCCAGUUUGGGAUUGGCGAAAGGAACGAAAACGGAAAUCGGCUUGCUGGGCUCAUGUCCGCGACUCGUCUCUUCCACGGUAACUCUUUGUUCGAGAAGAAGGAACAUCGCCGCUGGACAUGGGAAUCACCCAACGGCACGACACGUGCCGAGAUCGAUCACAUUAUUACGAACAGGAGACGGUGCCUUUGUGAUGUCGCUGUAGUGCCAUCUUUCUGUACCGGAUCUGAUCAUCGGCUUCUUCGGGCGAAAAUUCGUCUAUCUACCAGGCUUGAAAAACGAGCCUUGCACCGCCCGAAGACAAGAAGAGGUGGAGAUACAGUCUUUUGA